UCGCAUUAUUCUUUCCUCGGUCCCUCGGUGCUCGUGUUCUAGAGGGGAGGUUCAGCGACGUUUGUUGGAAGAAAUGUAUCAAUGUUUUUCCAGUAAUUAGCUUCUAUAACUUACUAUUGCUGCUGCCACAGUUCGCGUGCAAACAUCGCUGGACUUUGGAAAUGCAAUUUGCUGAAAAUCAAUAGCUUCUUUGAGCCUCGACAACCAGAUACCCAAGAUGGCGGAUGGCAAAAAGAUGAAAACUCGUCCGAAAUUGGUGAUUUUACCACCGCCAGUUGCAAUACCCGAGAACACGGACAUCGAAACGUCAUCUGGAACGGACGACAUAAGCAAGAAGCUUGCCGAUUUGGAAAUGGAUGACUGCCAACGCGAGCGUCUCAUGUCUUUCUUGGCCGAGAAGCGAAAAAUCGGCGAUCUUAGCACAGAAGAUUUCGAGAAAUUAGAUGAAAUAGGCGCUGGAAAUGGUGGUGUCGUGACGAAAGUUCUCCACAAACCAACUGGCUUGAUUAUGGCAAGGAAGCUUAUACACUUGGAGAUCAAGCCGGCCAUACGAAAUCAAAUCAUUCGAGAGUUGAAAGUCUUACACGAUUGCAAUUCACCGUACAUCGUUGGUUUUUACGGAGCUUUUUACAGCGAUGGGGAAAUAUCCAUUUGCAUGGAACACAUGGAUGGUGGAUCAUUAGAUCAAGUUCUAAAAAAAGCUGGUCGAAUUCCAGAAGAUAUACUAGGGAUAAUAAGUAUUGCUGUUCUUAAAGGUCUUAGUUAUUUAAGAGAGAACCACAAGAUUAUUCACAGAGAUGUUAAACCGUCUAAUAUUUUGAUCAGCUCAAGAGGCGAAAUCAAAUUGUGUGAUUUUGGUGUUAGUGGACAAUUGAUUGACUCGAUGGCAAACUCAUUUGUCGGCACAAGAUCUUACAUGGCUCCCGAGCGACUACAGGGAAACAUUUAUUCAAUACAAUCAGAUAUUUGGAGUUUAGGUCUGUCUCUUGUUGAGAUGGCGAUUGGACGGUACCCCGUACCUCCACCGAACCCUGAGGAUAUUGAUAAAGUUUUUAAUGGUGAUGUAAAGGACAUGGCGUCACUCAACCCUGAUACGAUCGUGCCCGGAGCUCAAAUACCUCAGGCUGUAAAUGGAGGGGAAGUACCUAGGCCAAUGGCUAUCUUUGAGCUGCUGGACUAUAUUGUUAAUGAGCCUGCUCCACGUCUACCGGAGCGACAUUUCUCUGAUGAUUUCAGGGAAUUUGUACAUAAAUGUCUCGUCAAAAACCCAAACGAACGUGCUAAUCUCAAGUUCUUAAUGGGUCACCAAUUUAUCAAGAAAGCUGAGGAAUCCAACAUUGACUACGUUGGUUGGGUGCAGCGGACUCUAGACAUUACGCCACAAACCACGACAGUAUAAAGGGGACAUCGAGGGAUAAGUUUGUACAUCGAAUCAUCUUUCUCGACUAGCUAUCUUUAGUGAGUGGCCUUAGUGGUGCGCAAAAAAUUAGAGAUUUUUUUACUUUAUUAGAAAUUGAGAUAAUGCGGUUGUCUAUGAGAUCGUAUUAAUAUUGAAUUUCUUCUGAAACGUUUUCAAAUAAUAGUCGAAAUAUUUUAUACAAAUAACUACAUGUAAGUGUUGUCCGAAGUUUUUGCCGCCUUUUUUACGUGUGAUGGGAUUUUUGACGGAUGGCAAAAUGUGUUUUUGAACGAUGACGUCAUUCAAACAAUGACGUCAUGAUGACGUACCCUUGAGACUGCUAUGAAGUCAAUUCCAAAUUCUGUCUUUAUUAGAUUUGUAGGUUAUAAUUUGGUGCGAUAGCGUUGUCGUAAUGACAAUGUUUGGACAAAUAUGUUUUGUGAAAAACACAGUUUGUAAAAACUACAAUUGAGAAAUAUAUUUCGUUUUAAGACUUCA